AUGGAGGAACUGAGGGAAAUGAUGAGAUCACUCCUGCAGCUUCAGGCAGCCGGUGAGCAGCAGUUCGCACGGGAAGAGGAACGGAGACUCCGGAGGCAAGACGGCAGAUUGGCUAGAGGCUCGACGGGCACUAACUCUGCUGCUGAGGCAUCAAAGAUCCUGCCGGAGAACCGGAUAUUGAUGCGGGAGCAGAAAGAGGAGAUGCGCUUAGUGGAGGAGGCUCGUCUGAUACGCCUGGAGGAGGAGAAGAAACUGGCAGAGGAGAAGAUCCGUCAGGAGAGAGAACGUCAGCUGCUGGAGGAGCUGGAGAGACGGAAACGAAAGGAGGAAAAAGAAUGGCAACGGGAGGAGCUGCUAAAAAUCCUGGAGGGGAAUAACCGCAAGCUGAAGAGGGAACUUGAGCGAGCGGCCGCUAAGAAGCUGGAGACGGUGAACAGCAGCCCGCAGCGUCACCUGCAGCGCAGGACGGAGGAGAAGGAGGAGCGCGAGAGGGAGCUCAUCAGCAUGACGCAGCAGAUGGCCACGCUGAUGCUACUGCAGCGGUCCCGGGCGGAUCCCGCUCAGCGGGAGAGGCCGCAGUCCUGGCUCUUUGAGAAGAGCGUAGGGAUCCAGAACCUCAGGAUGAAUUAUAUGAAACGUCUCAGGAAACACCGGGCGGAGUGGAGACACAUGGAGGGGGACAAAAUGGCCAAAACGGUUAAGACACUGUGCUUCCUGGGCAUACUUGCCAAGCUUUAG